AUGGCAGUGCAGUUACCCUGCGGCAAUCGUAAUUUUCUAUUUAUGGCAACGUCUAUAUCAAUCAGCUGUUUUCUUCUAUGGGCAAUUUUCAACCAGACGAAUUCAGCAACCAUUGGAAGAAGCACAACGAUGAAAAGUCAGGAAGCUAUGCGACAAGGUGAUGCGGGUGGAGUUUAUAUCCCGAGAAAUUAUGGAAAUGAACUGUCAGAUUUACAUUAUGGGAUAGUUAUUGAUUGUGGAAGUAGUGGAUCACGAUUGUAUAUAUAUGUUUGGCCAGAUCAUUCAGGAAAUCCAAAUGAAUUAUUACAAAUAAAACAACUGUUGGAUCGUGAAGGUGCACCAGUAGUGAAAAAGAUCGAACCGGGACUUUCAUCGAUGGCAGAUACACCGACGAAUGCGACUGAAUACUUGAAAUCACUGUUAGAUUUUGCUGCAGAAAAGAUUCCACCAAAGAAGCAUUCCGAUACGCCUUUAUACAUUCUUGCCACAGCUGGUAUGCGUUUUUUAUCACAGGAGAAACAGAAGCGUAUAAUUGCCGAUCUGUUCAAUGAUACCGUUCGUGAUUAUAAUUUUCUCAUCGAAAAAACGCAUAUUCAAGUGAUCACGGGUCAGUUUGAAGGAAUUUACAGUUGGAUAGCAAUAAACUACGUUCUCGGUCGGUUUCAACGUAAUAAUACAAAUGUACAACGUCAAUCAACUGUUGGGAUUCUUGAUAUGGGUGGUGCAUCUGCACAAAUUGCCUUCGAGGUUGCAGACAAUACGCCAGUAGUUGGCGAAGAAAUCGCAGAGUUCCAUUUGGAUUAUGAUGAACGUCAAGAGUCACUGAAAUAUAAAAUAUACGUGACCACAUUUCUUGGUUAUGGUGUCAAUAAAGUCUAUGAAAAGUAUAUCGAUCGUAUCGUGCAAAUCGCUAUGAAAUCCUCGACAGAAGAUCAAUCUCAUCUUGAAAUCAAUGAUGCUGAUUGUUUGCCUCGUGGAUUUUCAACUAAUGUCACAAAAAGUAAUAUCAGCGUCAAAAUCACUGGUGAAGGUGACUUCGCGAACUGUUCAAAGCAUCUAGUCUCAUUACUCAACCUAAACGCGACGUGUCUAAGAAAACCAUGCUCUUUCAAUGGAGUCUAUCAACCCUCGAUUAACUAUACCUCACAAGAUUUCUACGGAUUCUCGGAAUUUUGGUAUACAAUGCAAGAUGUUCUCAAGAUCGGUGGUCCCUAUGCGCGGUUAACUUUUCUCAAUGCAUCAAUAAACUAUUGUAACGCAAAUUGGAAUGAUAUCAAACAAUGGUAUGAUAAGAAAAUGUUUUCGGAGGCGAAUCUCAAUCGAUUAAUGUCACAAUGUUUCAAAUCUGCUUGGCUUUAUGCAUUUCUUCACGAUGGUCUCAAAUUUCCCGUUAAUUAUCAACGUCUACGUUCAGCUUCACUUGUGAACAACAACGACGUUCAAUGGACACUUGGCGCCAUGAUUUAUAAAACUCGCUUUUAUCCAUUAAAAUCUAUCAAUCGAACGAAGGUCUCCAUCGAUCAUUAUGAAACAUAUCGGCAACCUCGAAUAUUAUUUAUUCUUUUAUGUAUGAUACUGACAAUAUGUUUAUUCCUAUAUGCUCCACAGAGAAUUCGUUUUUUUCUCUCACGUCGUACAAAUCUUCAAUCUCAGUCGAAUGACUUUAAUCAUCGUUAUCAAUUAUUAAAAUCAUUUAGUACCGAUGAUCUUCCCGCAGCAGCAUCCUAUUCUGCAAAUAUCAAAGCGUGUUAG